CACGACGCAGAAAAAGUCGAAGACCAAGGCAUAUCCAUGUCUGCCUAGCCACCCCCCAAUGAAAGAUUAUCAUGGCCUUUGCUAACCUCUACUGAUGCCGGAUAAAUCGACUUUCCCACCCGCCUUCCCUGGAGUAUUAUACUCAUCACAACGAUGGUCUGGCGCUACAUGUUACGACGUCCCGUGCUGGGCGCACUUUGCUUCCUAGUGCUUUUCACCUGGUUACUUCAACAGCCUGAUACCUCGGUUAAACAGAUUUCUCUUCUUCAACACCGUUACCCAUUGCUGUUCGAACGCGUUCAUACGAACACUCGCAGUGGUGGAGCGUGGUACAUCCCACCGACCUGGACAAAUGGGACGAGACAGCAUCCCGAGAACAUCGUCGACGCCGCCGAGCGAGUGUUGCGCUUGGCCCAGACGACUGAACGACAGAUCCCGCACUCCUCAAUCCCCCUGAUCGUCCACCAAACCUGGAAGAGCACGCGCGUUGACACCUGGCCACACGUGUUACAGCAGAGCACGGAGAAAUGGUUGCGCACGGUAGACGAGCAGAUGGCUUAUUUUUUGUGGGACGAUGACGGAAUACGACAGUUCAUUCGGCGGUUCGAGCCAGAACGGGAGAAACAGUUCUAUGCUUUACCCAGCCACGUGGAACGGUCGGAUGUCUUCCGGAUUCUCGUGUCCAAGUGGAUCGGAGGGGUUUACGCAGAUAUCGACACUGAGCCUCUACAAUUGCCGACAUAUUGGAUCGCCGAGACUGAUAUUUUGCCUUGGGAAGAUCACGAGACUGGGCAUGUGUAUAAUUCUACAGGUUCUGUCCAUGCAAUCGUUGGGUUAGAAGCAGACUGUCCGCCGAACAGUGAUACCUACUGGCGCAUGGGAUACCUGCUGCCCGUGCAGUUGACCCAGUGGGCCUUUGCAUGGGCGCCAGGUCAUCCAAUCUUGCAGAUCUUUCUCGACCGUCUUUUCAUGGAACCUGCGCUUCAGCCGCAUUCGAACGAUCUGGACGCACUAGAUCCCCUCACCCUCACUGGACCUGUCGCAUUUACUCAUGCGGUGCAGAGCUGGCUCGAAGCUACGGUCGGCCUCCGAUGGAACGCGUUGUCAGGCUUGCAGGAUGGAGGGGAAAGUAAAUUAGUGGAGGAUGUCUUGGUUUUGCCCAUCACUGGAUUCAGUCCCGGUCGAGGGAAGUAUGGAAACAUGGGUUCCAAGCCCAUCUCGGACCCCUCUGCGCGCUUGUACCAUCACGCGCAAGGAUCUUGGAGAGAGUUCAACUUGCGAGUUGAGUAUGGCAAGCUCUGUCGAACGGUGUUUGGCAAGUGUCGAACGUGGUCCAAAGUGCCCCAGGGUCUGUUACUCUGAGGAGCAUCCGCUGAAGAAGACAACAAUACUCAUAGGGUGGCCUAGU